AUGGAUCGUUGGGUAGGAAAAGUGGCCGUAGUGACCGGUGCUAGUUCCGGAAUUGGUGCAGCGAUCGUGAAAGCCCUUGCCAACGCCGGGAUGAUCACGAUCGGGCUGGCAAGGCGAGUGGAACGAGUGGAUGAGUUAAAGAAGGAACUCCCGUCCGAAGCGGCUGGUAGACUCCAUGGAUUUCACUGUGACGUCACCAAGGAGGAGGACAUUCUGGCAGCGUUUAAACACGUCGAGAAGGUUUUCGGUGGUGUGGACGUGCUGGUCAACAAUGCGGGUGUUGCCCGUGCUUCAGUUCAGCUUUUCACGCCCAAUAACACGGCGGAACUGCGCCAGGUGGUCGAUACGAAUCUGAUGGGCUUGGCCCUCUGCAGCCGGGAAGCAUUCCAAUCGAUGAAAGCACGCUCGGUUGACGGACACAUCGUGAACAUUAACAGUGUCCUCGGUCACACGGUUCCGCCAUUAGCAAGCUUCAACAUCUACGCACCGACCAAGUUCGGUGUGACGGCACUCACGGAAACGAUGCGCCACGAGCUACGCCUGGCUGGAACUAAAAUCAAAGUUACGAGCAUCAGCCCAGGGCUCGUGAAGACGGAAGCCGUUCCGAGCGCACUUCUGAACGAUGACACGCCCAUCCUGGAGCCGGAGGAUAUUGCCGACGCUCUUCUGUACGUGCUCGGUACCCCGCCGAGGGUGCAGGUCCACGAGCUCAUGUUGAGACCGGUUGGUGAGAUGUUGUAA